AUGGCUAUGGCACUUGGCACAGUCCUCACCAUCUCACUCCUCAUUGUGGUUGCAGUCAAGUUUCGCCUCUUCCAUCGCUUUCUGGCCAGCUACAGACACUCCCUGCUCCAAGAGGCCGACGGGAUCAGCCAGUACGGACAAGAGGACGCGUCUUUCCCCAGCAGCGUGUCGGGUAGAAUGGGGGUGGUUGGAGGGGCUGUGAGCGGGCUGGAUGAGGAUGAUGACGGCUUCAUUGAGGAUAACUAUAUCCAGACCAGUGAGAAAGCAGGGGAAGAGAGAGAAAGAGAGGAGGAGGAGGAGGACGGAAUAGAAGACAGCGACGAUGAGCUUCAGUUCACGAUAGGGUGA